ACAAGAAAAUUUACAGUUUAUAUUCCUGCAUGAGAUAGUUGAUAAAAAAAAAUACAGGAAGUCAAAAGUUCUUGACAGAAGUAAACAAUUAGUAUCAGAGCAUAGUAUGUGUCAUUGGAGAACCCUUCACCUUGAAAAAAUGCCAAGGGCGUUAACAAUCAGAAAAUUCUUUACUAACUCCGCAUCUACGACGACUUGUACUCGUCUGUAUUGAAAUACAACGUCUACAUGAUAAAAUAUAUACACGUUGAGUAUUAACGGUGUUCAUAUGUGUGGUGGUCAUUUGGAAUUUAAAGUAAGAGCAUGCGCGAGUAUGAAACGGUCAGUGGUAUUGAAUGUCCAGAUUGUAUGUAUGUAUAUAUAUAAAAUAAAAUAUCCAUAUAUAUACAUACAUCACGUACAGAAUGUAGUGAGAGGAGGGUUAGAUGUCUAUGUUCGUUGCGUAGUCUAUAUUGAACCGAUGCUUGGACGAUGUCCACUUGAGAAAAUUUUUUACCCUUGUGUGAAUUUAGUUCUACCGCGAGUCUUGAUGGAAACAAAUUUUUACGUGAUUGUUGGAACUUGAGGAGUUAUAAACUAGGCAGAAAAAAAAUUGAAUUUAAAAAUUACUGAAAAAAAAGGAAAUAUUUGAAAUAAUCUAAAAUGCCGGCUGGAAUCUCAAGUCUUCCUCCGUCCUCCUUUAAUUAUGAUUAUAAAAACUCACCUGCAUUUACUAUUAUACAACGAGAUCACCAUGAAACGUCUCUACCAAUUCUUCAUAUCAAUCAUAUUAACGAAGAAAAUGAUAAUAAUAAUGUAAAAAAUAAUAAAAAUUUAAUACAAGUUAAGAAUGAAAAAAAUACAUUAUUCUCACAUAAACGUAUUAGCAAGUCAAAUGAUCAUCUAGUACUUGCUAGUCUGCAAAACCAUCAGAUAAAUCCAUUGAAGAAGAAACAAUACAGUAAAAGUCACGAACGUUUGGAAGAUGAAAAAAAAUCACGCGGAGAUUCAGCUAAUAAAUUACCUAUCAAUUUAUCAACAGAAAAUUUCAAUCAAGUUUUAACAGCAAAAUUAAAAGAUGUUCAAGAAAAUGAAAAAAAAGAUCCAACAAAAAUGUACAGUAAAAAAAAAUUAUCAUUUCAAAAAAAACCAUUCAUUACAACAGUCAAGAGCGGUGAAUUCUUAAUGCCUCCACCAGAGAUUGCAGCACUUCUUGGGAUGGCACCAAACGGUGAUUGGAUUGGCUACGACCCCGAAGACGUUCACGAGGGUAUUCCGCGUUCUAAAUUCCGGCCGUUAGUUUCUCUUAAUCGACGACCGGAAGUACGUCACAACAGUCACAAUGCCAGGUGCCCUACGGCUCUCAAAGCAACGGUUGACUUUGCUGUUAAUGUUGUAAAUUCUCCAGCCGUCACAGCAUCGACCUUGGCGAAUGAAGAACGCCUUCGACGAACAUUUUGCAACAAACUUACUAAUCAUGAAAUCGAUCACCCACUUCCCUUUGCAAAUAUUAUGUUUGAUAGAAGAGUUGUACGUGGGAGUACUCUUGUUACAGCUACAAAUAUGGCAGAAUAUGAACAAUCACACACAGCUCGACAUAUUGAAAUGAGGAGAAAACAAUUAGCUAAAAAAAAACUUCAAUCCACUAGGUCAAUGAUGAUGAGAAUGUCUUCUCCACCACCAGUUCCAGGAAGAAAACAUGAACCCGUACAAACUGAGUUGUACCUAGAAGAGUUACUUGAAAAACCCCAAGAGUCUGAGGUAGGAACACAAACUGAUUAUUUUCUAGACAGACCGUCUACACCAACGUUUUGUCCCAGUAAAACAGGCGUUGAUGCUGGAACUCAAAUUGCACCAGGUGAUCUGUUUGACUUCGAUGUUGAAGUCCAACCGAUUCUUGAAGUGCUCGUUGGAAAAACAAUAGAACAAGCUUUCAUCGAAGUUUUAGAAGAAGAAGAACUCGCAGCUCUUAGAGAACAGCAACGAAGAUUCCGUGAACUAAGAGCGGCUGAGAAGGCAGAACAAUUGAGAUUAGAAGAAAAAGAAAGAAGACUUCAAAAAGAAAAAGAACAACGAGAUAAACAACGUAGAGAAGAAUUAUUAAUUCAUCAAGAAACUGAAGACCGUGUAGCUGCGGCUGUACUUUUAACGGGUUACGUAGCAGAAAUUUUACCCAGUGUACUGGAAGAUUUAAAGUUAUCUGGGUUUUUGUUGGAUGAGAUUAAAAGUGAUGUUGAAGAAGGGUUUAUUCCUUGGCUUGUCCAAGAAGUCAAGAAAGAAGUGAAUACAGUAGUCGACAGUAGACAGCUAUUAGAAGAAAUAAUCAAAGAAAUUUUGGAGAAACGAGCAGAAAUGUAUCAAAAACAAGGUGAAGACUACCACUCAUCAUCAAAUAUUCAAACAGAUGAAAAUGAUACUGAAAUAGAAGAAAUCGAUGGCAUCAAGAGAAAAGAUAGUAAUUUUAUUAAUUACAAGUCAUUGAUAGUUGAUAAUUCAAAUUCCUUCCAAUAAUAAAUAUCUAUGUCCAAUAUUUUUAUUGAAAUAUCAAGUUUAGUUAGUGAUUGACAGUCCAUAAUUCAAAAUCACUCGGCUAUGGUGCAUGUUAACAAAGUUUUGUUAUCUAUAUGGUGGAAUAUUAUUCGAAAAAAUAUCUCAACCAGCAAUAUCGUCGAUAGCCUCCCUAAUUCAUCUAUCCACCUUCUACUACAUUAGUGCCGGUGUACACAGCUGCAAAACAAAUCCAUCUCUCCUGUCUUUAUUCCCCUGACUCUCGUAAUCAAGCUCGACACCACCGAAAAACCUCGAAUAUGUUAUAUCCCCACGACAAACAUUCCAAUCACAAACCUGCAACUAUUAAAAAUCAAUCAUUGAUUUUUGGUGAUUUAAUCCGUCAUAAUAAUGUGCCUUGUUUAACAAAUCAAUGACGUAUCAGAGAAGGAAAUUUUUUUUGAAUUUUAUUUGCAAUAAUUUUUGA